UAUAUCAUUAUACUGUGGUCAGACUCUGUUUUUUUAGGGACUAUAAGCAAUCAUGGUAGUAGGACUAGUAAAUGGUAGUAGGUAGUAAAUGGUAUUAAAAGCGUAAUGAAACGAUCUGUCUUACAUUUUUAUUUCUCUUUACUUCAAAUUGUUAUUCUUGUCUUCGUUUCUGUCCAUCUUCACCGUCUCAAAUCGCACAAUCGAGUUAGAGCAUAAUAUACUGUAAUGUAUGUACAGAAGUGAUUGCCAUCGAUUAAAAGUCUAGUAUGGCGCGUCCUAAACACAGAACGAGUGCAGAUUUAUGUGCUGACUGCGGGACACUUGAGCCAGGAUGGGCAUCAAUAAAUAGAGCUAUUUUAUUAUGUGACGAUUGUUGUGGGAUUCAUCGUAGUUUAGGACGUCAUGUGUCACAUAUCAAGUCAUUACACAAAAGCGUUUGGAAUACAUAUCUAUUGAACAUGGUGCAUACAUUGAGUGACAACGGAGCCAACAGUAUUUGGGAACAUUCCUUGCUAGAUCCCAGCAACUCCAAGAUUAAUAGACGAAAACCACAGCCCAAGGAUCCUUUACAUCCAGUAAAAGCAGAUUUUAUUAAGGCUAAACAUCAACACUUGACUUUCAUAUUACGGCCAAGUAAGGAGGAAUGUUGUACUGAGGAGGAACUCGAUAGACAGUUACAUAGUAGUGUUCGUACAAGUAAUUUAGAAACUUCAUUAAGACUGUUGGCACAGGGAGCUAACCCCAAUUAUUUUUACAAGGAGAAAGGAACCACACCCUUACACGUGGCAGCUCGUGCCGGACAAGUUCUCCAAGUAGAACUUUUAGUAGUUAAUGGUGCAAACCCAAGUGUAGUAGAUUUAAAUGGGCAAACAGCUGCUGAUAUUGCCAAAAUGGCGGGACAUAUGGAUUUAUCUGAACGUAUAAUUGAAUGUAUGUAUGAAGUAACAGAUAGAUUGACAUAUCAUAUAUGCUCUCGUAAGCCAAAUCAUCGAAGAGAUCAACAUCUCAUUAGUUCUGAUUUGUCUUCUUUUUUGGAUAAAAACGAGUUAGUUCUGGAAGGAAGAAACAGAUUACAAACGUUACCAAAUCAUUUGCUGGAGGAGUUAGCUAUGGACAUUUACGAUGAGGUGGAUCGCCGGGAAACAGAAGCCAUUUGGUUUUCAACCGCAUCUCUCCCGGAGAAAUGUACCGUUCCAUUUCUGCCAGUUAAUCCACAAUUGUCAUCUACUAGAAACCAAGGGAGACAAAAAUUAGCGAGAUUCACGCCGAAGGAAUUCACCACUCUUAUCGUAGAUUUACUGGUUGAAGCAGGUCGGAGACAUACGCUUGCUAACAAUGCACUUCAAAAUCCUGCAGUAUCUAUGCUUCGUAAAGAGCAACUUGGUAAGCAUGGAUCGCAAGUAUCUGAUGAUGAACCUUUGUAUGACAGUGUUGCGUCUGACGACGACUAUGCUGCUCUAACAUCUACAGAUAAUACUUCAUCUGACAUUUCAAACCAGCUGAAAACUAAUGAG